AUGAAAAAAAUCAUUUUCUUCCUCCUUCUAACCCUCUUUCUUUCACAAAUUGUGGUAGCUUCAAGUCAUGAAAUAAAGAGGCAUAGUCAUGGUGUUGGUAAACUUUACUUAAACAAAUUAUUGAAAAAAGAUUCAACCAUUGAUAAUAAUUGUAGUAGUAGCAAUUUUAGUUCAACCAUUGAUUAUUUAGAAUUGGAUAAAUUUGUUCUUUCUCAAAAAGGGUUGAAAAAUAAAGAUCAAAUCAAGAAAUUGCCAGGUCAACCACUUGUCAAAUUCAAACAAUAUGGUGGAUAUGUCACAGUCAACAAAUCUGCAGGUCGUGCCUUGUUUUAUUAUUUUGUUGAAGCUCAUGAAAAUUCCAAGUCAUUUCCCCUUCUCUUAUGGCUUAAUGGAGGUCCUGGUUGCUCUUCACUUGCUUAUGGAGCCAUGGAGGAAAUUGGACCAUUUAGAAUCCAUAAAGAUGGAAAGACAUUGUAUAGGAAUAACUACUCAUGGAAUCAAGCGGCAAAUUUAUUAUUUUUGGAGUCUCCCGCUGGCGUUGGGUUUUCAUAUUCAAAUAUAAGUUCUGAAGUCAAAUCAAAUGGAGAUAGAGAUACGGCUAUUGACAAUAUUAUAUUCUUAUUGAAUUGGAUGCAAAGAUUUCCGGAGUACAAAAAUAGAGAUUUUUACAUUGCUGGUGAGAGCUAUGCCGGGCAUUUCGUACCUCAAUUGGCAGAAAUAAUUCUCCAGCAUAACAAACGUGCCAAGAAGAAUCUUAUUAACCUAAAGGGGAUCAUGAUUGGGAAUGCAGUGAUAAAUUUUGAGACAGACGAAAAAGGAAUGUAUGAGUACCAUGCAAGUCAUGGCUUGAUACCAGAUGAAAUUUUCGAGCAAAUCGACAGAUACUGUAAUUUCUCAGACAAGUCCCUUCCUCAACCACACCAAUGCGAUAACGCCAUUGAUAUAGCUAUAGCAGAUACCGAUCCCAUCGAUCUUUACAACAUAUAUGCCCCGUUAUGCCCUAAAUCCGAUGACCUCAGUACAACUUAUUAUACGUUCAACAAAAAUUCAGUAAGUUCUGGAUUUUUCGAAAACUCGUGGUCAAUUAGAUUGAAUUUUUGA